AUGAAUCUGCGUUCUGUAUUUACUGUAGAACAACAAAGGAUAUUACAGCGUUAUUAUGAAAAUGGAAUGACAAAUCAAAGUAAAAAUUGCUUUCAGCUCAUAUUACAGUGUGCACAAGAAACUAAACUGGACUUCAGUGUAGUCAGGACGUGGGUUGGCAAUAAGCGAAGGAAGAUGAGCAGCAAGAGUGCUCUAGAAUCUGGAGGCACUCCCCCAGGGACUGUCCCUUCUACUCUCUCAGUACCUCCAGAAGCAGCAGUUAGAAAUGUGGUAAAUAUUGCUCGAUCCCAAAGCCAGCAGUCUACUUGGACCUCCUCUAACAACGAUGUCAUAGUUACUGGUAUAUACAGUCCUGCUAGUUCAUCUGGUAGACAAGGAUCCACCAAACAGACAAACGCUUCAAUGGCAGAAAUCCAUAAAACCUCAAUUCCACGACUCCCAGGAAAAGGUGACACAGAGUUUCAGCAGCAGCACAUCCCUCUAGGACGGCAAGUACCACAUUGUAAAAACGCUUCCCUAUUAGUAGGGGAAAAGACUAUUAUUUUAUCGAGGCAAACAAGCGUCCUGAAUUCUGCCAACUCCAUUUAUAGUCACACCAAGAAAAGCUACGGCAGUUCCUCCAUGCAGACGGCGGAGCUGGUGUUACCUCAGAAACCCAUGAUAUGCCACAGACCCUGCAAAGCUGAACCCCUGGCAUGUCAGAGGUUACACAAACCAGAACACGCAGCUCUCAUGUCGCACGUGCCCCCUGGGCAAAGGGCUAAUGCCAGGGACCCUUCUUGUAGCACCCAAAACCUGGAGAUCCGGGAAGUGUUUUCGCUGGCGGUUACAGAUCAGCCCCAGAGGCUGGUGGGGGGCAGUGCUGUGCAGAGACACUGCCCCGUGGAGGGCAGCUCUCUGUCCAUUGCCAUGGAAACGGGAGACGUGGACGACGAAUACGCUAGAGAAGAGGAACUAGCAUCCAUGGGAGCACAAAUACAAAGCUAUUCCAGAUACUGUGAGAGCAGCAGUUCUGUUCGAGCAGAGAACCAAAGCGCAGCCUUGUCUGGGCCAGGAAGAAAUGUGAGCUGUAGUUCACAGAUGGUGAAUGCCAGGGACGUGCCUGACAAUGUUCUGUAUCAUAACAGAGACUACCACUUGCCUGCACGGACCUCAUUGCACACAACAUCCAGCACAUUGUAUAACACUGCUAACCCAUCAAGAAGUACCUUUUCUCCUCAUUUUACAUCUUCAAGUCAACUGAGGCUGUCACAAAACCAAAAUAAUUACCAGAUUUCAGGAAACCUUACUGUGCCUUGGAUUACAGGUUGUUCCAGAAAAAGAGCAUUACAGGACCGUACACAAUUUAGUGACCGAGACCUGGCGACCCUAAAGAAAUACUGGGACAAUGGCAUGACCAGCCUGGGCUCAGUCUGCAGAGAGAAAAUUGAAGCUGUGGCUGCAGAAUUAAAUGUUGACUGUGAAAUAGUGCGGACUUGGAUUGGGAAUCGAAGACGGAAAUAUCGUUUAAUGGGGAUUGAGGUCCCACCCCCUAGAGGAGGUCCUGCUGAUUUCUCUGAUCAAUCUGAAUUUGUUUCUAAAUCAGCACUUAAUCCGGGAGAGGAAACUGCUACUGAAGUGGGGGAUGAUAAUGAUAGGAAUGAUGAAGUAUCAAUCUGCCUAUCUGAAGGAAGCUCACAAGAAGAGACAAAUGAAGCUCUUCCAAAUGAAGAAAUUGGUCACAAAGAUGAUGACCAGAACCCAGUAUCUGCUGACAAUGUGAAAAUAGAAAUCAUAGAUGAUGAAGAAAGUGAUAUGAUAAGUAACUCUGAAGUGGAUCAAAUGAGUUCCCUUCUGGAUUAUAAGAAUGAAGAAGUCAGAUUCAUUGAGAAUGAGUUGGAGAACCACAAACAGAAGUAUUUUGAACUACAGACAUUUACUCGGAGUUUGAUACUUGCUAUUAAAUCAGAUGAUAAAGAACAGCAGCAGGCACUGCUCUCAGACUUACCUCCAGAACUAGAAGAAAUGGAUUUCAACCAUGCAUCCCCAGAACCUGAUGAUACCUCAUUCAGCUUGUCGUCUUUAUCAGAGAAAAAUGCCUCAGACAGUUUGUGAUUUCUUUUAUUAUUUUUUUUUAAACUGACAAAAAAGCAACCCCACGUAAGAUGCAGGUUUGCAGAGAACAGCAUUUGGCUUUCCAGAGUUUUGCAGUCCAAAAGAGAGAGCCCCAGGUGAGACAGACCUUCCUGAAGGACACCUCUCAUGUGGCAUGGCUACAGUUUGCAGUGCCCCUGCAAAUGUUGGGUUUGGGAAAUGAAGGAGCUGAGGAAAAGGUUUGAGCAGUGGGGCCUUGAUGAGGAUAACUUCUGACUUUCCAGAAUAACUCUUGCUCUGCAGCAAAGUCUUUUUGAGCAGGGAUCCAAGGAUGGACAAUAAAUAUCCUGUUACACAGACAGCUAAUUCUUCAGAGUUGCUUGCUCACCGGUCUGGUUUAUUACUUGCUUCCCCAUUUUUACUCAGGUAGGUGGACUAAAAAUUGGGGAUUCAAAUAGAAUAAACAGGCUCUUUAUGAGUUGUGCUCCAACCCUUUUGAAAACCUGAAAUUCCAGUGUUUUUCAUUAUGUGACUUCAGAUUGUUGCAUCUUCCAUGUUCUGACCAAAACAGCUGAAAAAAAUAAUAAUUGAAAGGCUACCUGAAAAAAUUGGCUUGUCAUCAAUAAAUGAUUCAUGUGAAGAACCAGUCAUAAGUGUUGUAAGAAAUUAGAUGGAUGUGGACAAACUGAUAGCUGCAGAACAUGACUUUCUGAUAUUCUCACAGUAGCAAUGGGAUUAGAUGUUUACACUGCUCCUUAGGGGUUUAUGAAUGUAGUUACAGGUUUUAUUUGUCCACGUCUGAAUGCUGAGCUUCUGUUCAUUGUUUUAAGUAUUGGGUAUCUAUUUUUCCACAAACUUUGCUCCACUUCAUCAAGACACUGUCAUAAAUGCACAGCUGUCAUUGCAUCCUGAAAGGUAUUUGAGUGUUUGGAAUUGAGUUGUGCAGACCUGCUUGUGAAGGAGCCCUCUCUGACCAAUUUUUUGGCAACCACCAGGUGCCAUUUCUAAACUGUGAGCUUGACUGCAGGAAGUGGCUGAAAUGAAUUUCUUCUUUCCCAGCUGUUGUUGACAUUGAAUCCUUUUCUGAUUAAAUGGAUGUUCAGACACAUUCAGAUAAAUUUAGGAGGGCAUGUAGGUUUGUGCCCAUAAUACUGAUGCUCUAUAACUUCUCAUCUGAAUACUGCUCAGCAAACAUUUUUCAAGCAGUCUGGUAAAAAGCCUGAGCUUUCAAGUUUAUGCCAAAUAAUAAUUUGAUUUGGUGAAUCCUUAUUUGUGCAGUACAGUAAGUAAUCCUCUUAAUUUCAAUCAGAAGUCCAAGAUGUAGCUCAAAAUCCAGUGUUGGGGAAGUAACACUUUGGGUUUUUUUGUUUAAUGCUGGGAUUAAGUCACAGUUUUAGGUUUUUCUCGGUCUGAUCUGAGAAGUCACUUCUACAACCACUUUCUUAGUAUCAGUAGUGAGCUCUGUUCUUCCAGGUUUUUUCCUGUCUCUGUGUCACCCUCGGGCACGGGGAGCUCCUAACAAUGUUGUUGAAUACCAGCUGCAUGAAGGACAGGAGCAGUUUUAAAAGCUGUUUAAAAAAAACAAGCCAGUUUCACCAUUCUAGCUGCUGUAGAAUUCAGUUCCCAAAAGACCUCUUACCACCUAUUCCCUAGAGUAACCUCCAAAAAAACAAGCUGUUGGGCCUGUGUUUGAGUUUAGGCAUUAAAACUCAGUAGAGUCCCAGGAGAGAGGGAAGGCAGCCUGGGUGAGCAGAGGCAGGUGGUAGGUUUCUCAUCCUUUCACUGCCUGAGCUGACAGGUCAUGUCCUCCUGAAAGGAGAAGCAGUGUUUUAAAUGCCUGUUGAAAUGAGCACCAAUCUAAAAUAAGGUUUGUAAGCAAAGAUCACACUGCUGUCCUUCACAUGUAAGAUGGGGCUCAGCUGUAAUCCUGCUCGCUCUGAAAAAAGCAUUUAUAAAGGGUUUUCUAUACUGGGUUAACAAUGCUGUUCUCUCUAGAUAGGAAAUUUGUGCCACUGACAAUGAAACCUCUUUUCUCUGAGCUUUGCUGAAAUAAAAACAAAACAGUACUGUGAUUUGCCACUAUUUGGGCCCUGUUUUCCUGCUGCUUCCACUUACAGUCCCAUGACAAAAGGCAGGAUACUCUUCACACGAGUUCUUGGUUUCAUGGUCAGUUAAGUCAUCCACCUUUAUGCAAGAAAAAAUUCAUUGAUGAUUCAUAUUUUGCUUUGUCUGGCUUUUAUUUCUUAUGCCAAGUGAAUCAAAGGAAUUAAUUUUGCAUGAAGUACUACCAGAUUCCAGCAAUGACCUUCAGUCCCUUUUCUCAAGGAAGCUGGAACCCUCUUGAGGAUGAAACUCUAGCUGCAGUCAGUGCCCAUCCCCGAGGGCACGUUGCUCUUUGGUCCUUUUCCUCCUGUAGGGUGACAAGACAAAAGAGUGAAGUGAUCAUGUUUGCAUACCCUGAAACACUUGACAAUCUUACAGGAUAUUCAGGAAGCAAGAGUGUCAAUGAUAUUCCUUGUCACAAAAUGCUAUGUAGGAUGAUGUUGUUCUGCCUUUUCAAUAUCUGUGUUUCUUUCCUGUUGUUUGUAAAGCACAAACCUUAAUGAUGCCAUUCCUGGUACUUUAAAUCAUUGCAGCAACCCUAGUUCUGCAGGAGAGUGGCUGAAGAGCAGCUGCUGAUCCUGUCACAUAACACUGAGGCAUCCCUGUGAGUUCUGACAAUCCCAUGUGACCCCUCAGACCAGCACCACACACGUGCUUUGUCCCUCGGGACUUGGUUUGCUGGUGUCCCUGCCAGGUGCUGCAGUGUGCUGGUUGAGGUGGCAGGCAGCACCCUGAGCUGUGGGGCUUGCUCAGCUGGACCCUAGAACAGUGUGGGAGAGGUGGGCAUGUUCCCUUCCAACUCCAGCUCAGUAGCUGUCUGACAAGCAUCUUGCUGGCAAGCGUUGGGUUCUGAUACAGGGGCACUGGGACACUCCUUUCCAGGUGGAAUUCUGAAAGCUCUUGAGGUGAAGGGAAGAGAUGGGGGUGGCUCUCUGGGCCUGUGGUUAGGGUUUAGUUUAUGGUUCUUUCCUUUGUGAUAAUGAGAGCCCACAUUAAGUACUAGUUCAUCAUUUGUGUAGGCUCUCAGUGAGAGAUGAAGCUGCUGCUGUGGUGUCAGUGGCAGAGAUGAGCCCCCUCUCCCUGGUUUGGCUCUGUGCUUCCUCUGUGCCACACAGAGGAGCCUCUUUCUCAGAGGCUCUCAUUUGCUUUGUCCAUGAAGGAUGUCUGCCCCCAGCACUGUUUAUUCCUAAUGCAUCAAUUGGAACAUGAAGGAUGAGGUUUGUCUUUCUGAAGAAACCAAAGUGGGGAAAGGUAGUUUGGAACAGACACGUUAAGGCAGAGACAGGACACGGGCUGUGCCCCAAGGCUUUGAUGCCAGCAAGCUUGAUGAUACUGAAGAAACCUGUUUCCUGAAGCUGUGCCUCUUCUCGUUUCUCUGCAGAUGACACUCCUGUCAGGUUUAUAGGUCUAACAGGAGGGAGUAAUAGUAAAUAUUCUAAUAGGGGAGUUUUGGGCAGACUUAGAAGUACACAAACAGAUGUACCACACAAGUGUCCAUUUUCUGGAGUGCUUGGUUCUUGAAGCAGCACUGCACUUUAAUCUUUCCAAGUACUUCUUUUUCACUAAGGCAAUAAUAAGUCUGCAAAUGACAAGCAGAUCGUGGGCUCUGCAGUCCUCUGAGUGCAAAAAGGAAUGUACUGGUUAGAUCUUCAUCUUCUUAAAUUAGGAAGCAGCUUAUCAAGUCCAUUCACCAAAGGGAGACAGCUCUGUCUGCUGUUGUGGUGAUACAGUAGGAGAAACCAACAGUAUCAUGAACGUCCUCACUCUGGAAAUGGAAAUAACUGCUUAAAACCCAUCAAACCACCCAAAAUGGGAUCUCUCUUGCACUACCCUGUUCCUCGUGUUAGACAUAAACCCAUGCACAGCACUGACUUUCCCUAGGUACUCCAGUCGUUGCUGACUGUUGGUCUCAGGAUACUGAUAGUGUGAGGAAAGAACACAAUGUACAGAAACAGAGUAGCACAGAUUAUCUGAAACAUGAAGAACCUGUAACUUGGAAUGUUACAACCCAAAGCUUGAUUUACUACCUCCAGUCCCACCUCCAGGUCCUCCGGGGCAGCCCAUGAGCCACAGGGCUGCAUUUCCUGAGGAGGACCAGCAGCUGCUGAACCUGCAGCUUGUGUUGCCAGACUUGGCCUUUUCUGCCCCAAAUCAGCAUAAGGCUGAGUAAGUUGCUCAGCUGGGAGAUGCCUGAUCAAAGUUAGAGGGUGGGCAGUGAGAAAACUCCAGCUACUUAUUAGAAAGAAGCUGGUUUAUGGUGUUUGAUUUCUCUAUCCAAUUAAUAUUUUAGCACAUUGGCCAACUGGGAAAUCUUUACAGUUAUGAGUAAAAAAAGAGAAGGAGCAGUCCUACAAAAUUGGUUCUUUCUGUGGCAGAACAGGGUUUGGUUCUGACUAAAGAGUAUUUGUUGGCCUCUGAAAGGCAGCAGCUGGCAUUUUGGUCAGACAGAAACAGGAUAGAAACGUGGGGUGAUGGGUGUUCUUGUUUUUAAACAAUUUGUUUUUAAACCCUCUUUGAUAAAAGAGACACUGGGGAAUGUUCCUGUAAGGAAACUGGUUCCAGGUCAGUGCUUUGGUUCUGCUGAACAUUUUACUGUAUUACUGAACUAAGUCAAUAAUUCUUUUCAAAUUCUGUAUUACAUUUUACACACACUACCUCUGAAACAUCACCUUUAAAACCACACAGAAAAUGUGAACUUUUUUUUUUUUUUUAACAUUUUCUAGGCAAUAAAUGAUUUCCAAGAUGCAUCCUUCACUUCUGUGCUUGUUUUUCAGUUGAGUGUGAGACGUUGACUUUGGUUUUUAUUUUAGCAUUAAAUGAAUGUGCUUGUCUCAAACAAGGAAAUUCUAGAGGUGUGAUAUUAGGGAGAAAAGAUAAUGGUAGUAAAUAUUUGGUGAAGCUGAAGGAUGAUGUAGUAACUGGGCCAGCUGUGCUAUUUUGGGGACAGUUACUGUAAGGAAUGGAUAUUAUCCUUUACUGUGGUACUAAAUGAUUGUUGGAACCUUUCUCAAAACAUCACAGAUUAAUUUAUCAGAGAGAAGAAUCAAAUAAUGAGUCUCAGCACUGUAAUUAAAAAGAAUAAGUUCUACAUUGUCUGAGACAUGGUUCAUAAAUAUGUCCUCAUGUUUUUGUGGCAGCUAUUGGGUUUUGUUUGGGUGGUUUGUUUGGGGUUUUUUUUUUUGCAUAACUGUAUAAAGACAUUGUAGGAACAGUUUUUAUUUGCUUGUGACCAAGUGUUAAAUUAAAAUGAAUUGGUAGGAAGUGAAGGUUGCAAUGUAAAUGUAGACAGUGUUUUGUAGACAAGUUUCAUCUUUAAAAGUGUCCCUGUAAUUUCCCCAUCCCAUCUGUCUCUCUGAAAUACAGGGUGGGCUGCCAGGAUGUCCAAGCCUCUGCAGCCUGGGGGUGGGGAGGGAAUGAGGCACAUGGAGCCACUUCAGUUGAGUGGCAGAAAUGAAGAACCUGGGGUUUUCGUCAAGAAAAUGAUAAUAAAAAAUGUCUGCAUCUUGGGAAGCAAGGGCUUUUAUUUUCAAGUUUUGUGAAAUACAGUUCAAAAAGUCAUUGGCAAAUCCACUGAGUUGUGUUGGGGAAAAAAAAUGAGUUCUGCAAUGGAAUGAUAGAAUUGCUAUGAUUGUUCCUAGAAUUGCUGAGUGUGUAUGAACACACAUGCAUAUUUAUGAUGUGCACAGAUAUACUGAACUUGAGCAUCAUAUUACAAAGGUAUUUUCACUUGAAAUAUUAAUGUAAUUCUUCAACAAUAUAUUUUAUUUGCUCUCAUUCUUAUGUCUUGCUAUAUGUUGAUUACAUCGUUUUGAAAUUUAGUCGAAUUGUACAAAUACAGUUUAGAGUUUAACUCCUUGCAAAACUGGUAACUUUUUAGGCUUGGAAAUUUAUUUAAACGCCCAUCGUGGUAUUUCUAAGGGAUCUUGGCAAAUAAACAACCUGCUGGAUUUAUCAAAAGAUAAUGAAUCUUCUGCCAUGAAAUUUUCAGCUUUAGUUUCACUAAAGUAUCAGUUUCAUUGAAAAGAAAAAAAAAAAUCUGAAGUUUUAAAUAUUACUGUAUAACUCAGAUGUUUUCUUGUCCCUACAAAACACAAACCAAUGGAUGAUCUUAAAACUCUGACCAUUUCUUUCUGGGCCAAUUCAUUAAGCUUGGUAACCCGCGUGCAUUUCUGAGUUGCUCUGUGAAAAAUCAGUAUUUAUAUUGCAUUUUUAUUAUUUGUAUCAGUAUGUGUAGCAAAGAAACUACUACAGAUGUGAAACUGAAGUACCUCCUCUAUGGUCCAGGACAUAUGAUCUUGGCUUAUUUGAAAGAUGGAUGCCUAGUGAAAUAUUCCAUACAUUUGUAUUGAUUUUUUUUUCUGUAUAUAUAAGGGUAUUUAUAAUCUUGUAUUAAGAGUCAUCACGAGAAAUGCUUAUUUCCUUCUUUAGAAGCCUGCUCAGCUAUUUUUAUAUAAAAUGUUGGUCUUUGCCUUAAUUUUUCUCUUUUUUUGUGCAAAGUUGUGCCAUAGAUAUUUUAACUUAUCCACAGAUAGUUUACAGAAUUAGCUUUGGCUUGUCUUUACUUCAUUAUUUUUUUCCCUCUUUGUUCUAUUUUUGCCCAAAUCCUUUUCUCCUCCAACUGCGUCUCAAGGUUGGUUUGCUUUCUUAAUUCUUCUUUUUUCUUUUCUGAGUUUGAAGGAUACCUUCCAUCUGCAUGCUUCGGUAGAGCAAGUUUUUCCUCUGUAGUUUAUUGUUUCUAGUUUAGCAAAACCUUUCCCUGAGAAGAGAAAAGAGGUGAUGCCUGUACAAAUGUAUCUAGAGCAGCCCGGUCGGUCAGAGCAAAGGGCUAUUUAGCAUUGGUAAAUUUGUCUACUAGACUCAAGGAUAUUUUUCUACGUCUGUCAAGUUUGGGACUAUGGAGAAAUGAAAUAAAGGUGAACUAACUCCUUUUCCUACA